CAAGCUCUUGUCCAACGAGCCUUUCGGGCACCGGCUCCCAAGCGCCUCUCCUUCCCUUCUCCUUCUUCCCCCCGGGGAGAUGUUCCAUUAAAGGGGGCGACCCAGCGCGACCCGCCCGCUGCUUUGCUUUCGGCUUCCGGAGUGGCGUGUUUUUAUGCUUCGGGGAAGACACGGGCCCGCCUGUGUCUCCUGCGAGCCCCGCCAUGUCGACGGCGAUCACCGCCGCGGAGAAAGUGGACGGCUUCACCCGGAGGUCGGUGCGCAAGGCUCAGAAGCAGAAGCGGUCGCAGGGCUCGUCGCAGUUCCGCAGCCAGAGCAGCCAAGUGGAGCUCUUCCCGCUGCCCCAGCUCAAAGAUGCCACUUCAAAUGAACAACAAGUCCUCUUCUGUCAGAAAUUACAGCAGUGCUGUGUAUUAUUUGAUUUCAUGGACUCUGUCUCUGACUUAAGGAGCAAAGAAAUUAAAAGAGCAACACUGAAUGAAUUAGUGGAAUAUGUUUCUACAAAUCGUGGUGUGAUUACUGAAUCAGCAUAUUCAGAAAUUGUAAAAAUGAUUAGCUCUAAUAUCUUUAGAACACUUCCUCCAAGUGAAAAUCCUGAUUUUGAUCCAGAAGAGGAUGAGCCUACAUUAGAAGCUUCUUGGCCCCAUAUACAGCUGGUGUACGAAUUUUUACUAAGGUUUUUAGAAAGUCCUGAUUUCCAACCUAGCAUUGCAAAACGUCAUAUUGACCAGAAAUUUGUACAGCAGCUGUUGGAGCUUUUUGACAGUGAAGAUCCACGAGAGCGUGACUUUCUAAAAACAGUACUUCAUCGAAUUUAUGGCAAAUUCCUUGGAUUAAGAGCAUUCAUCAGGAAACAAAUCAACAAUAUUUUUCUCAGGUUUAUAUAUGAAACAGAACAUUUCAAUGGUGUUGCUGAGCUACUUGAGAUACUGGGAAGUAUUAUCAAUGGUUUUGCAUUGCCACUGAAAGCUGAACAUAAACAAUUCCUUCUGAAGGUUCUUAUUCCCAUGCAUACUGCAAAGGGAUUAGCUUUAUUUCAUGCACAGCUGGCGUACUGUGUUGUUCAGUUCUUGGAAAAAGAUAUGGCAUUAACAGAGCCGGUUAUUAGAGGAUUGCUGAAAUUUUGGCCAAAAAUAUGCAGCCAGAAAGAGGUCAUGUUUUUAGGUGAAAUUGAAGAAAUUCUGGAUGUAAUAGAACCGACACAGUUCAAAAAAAUACAAGACCCUCUUUUUAAACAGAUAGCAAAGUGUGUGUCAAGUUCACAUUUUCAGAUUGCAGAAAGAGCUCUGUACUUUUGGAAUAAUGAAUAUAUUCUUGGUCUGAUUGAAGAGAACGUUGAUACAAUUUUGCCAAUUAUGUUUGGCAAUUUAUAUAAGAUCUCCAAAGAACACUGGAAUCCGACCAUUUUAGCAUUAGUAUAUAAUGUGCUGAAAACACUGAUGGAGAUGAAUGGGAAACUAUUUGAUGAACUCACAAGCACUUACAAAGCAGAAAGACAAAGAGAGAAGAAGAAAGAAUUAGAACGUGAAGAAUUGUGGAAAAAGCUGGAAGAACUCAGACUCACCAGGACUUUGUCUAACCCGCCAAGUAAUACCUCCUCCUCUUUGACAAAUAUACCAAAUGAUAGUGCCAAGUUUUGGAAGAGGUCUGAUUUAUCACGACAGUAUUAAUAUUUUAAGUAAGUGUAGCACAGAGGUAUAUUUUAUUGAAAAAUCUUUAGCAUAAAUAUUAUUUAAUAAGAACGCUUGAUAAAAUUCCUAUUUUCAAUGUUUGGUUUUGUUUCAGUAAAUAAUAACUCUUAAAUAA